AUGUCCUCCUCAUACAGCCUCACAGAAAUUCAACGACGGAUACAUGAAGUCAAGCGGUUUCUGUCUGUGACUCUGAGCAUCGCCAAUGCUCACACUGUGGAGUUUUACACUCAUGACGCGUGGGACCGUUUCAUGGCCGUGCCGCCGGAGGAGGUCCUGUCAGCUGUUAGUGCCUGCAGUGACCAGCAGAGGGCGCCAGAACACAAAGCAAAAGAGCAAUCCAGGACCACAUUCGGGUUUUGCAAUGAAACAAACCGGCUGCUUGAUGCCUGCGAACUUUUGCAGGCGGCCAAGGCCCACUCUCUCCCCGGCCUUGGAGUCUGUAUGAGCAGGGAUGAACUACUGCAGGCCCUCAGAGAGAACAGGCAACUCAUAGGUGCUGAGCUGGAGCCAGAGGAGUUCAUGAACUCUAAGAAAUCUCAUGAGGUCCAGUCCAUGUCUGAGGUGGUGGCCUGUAUGGCCCAGCACUGUGGAGUCAAACAGGUGAUAGAUGUGGGUUCAGGGAAGGGCUACCUGAGCUCCUUCCUGUCUCUGCAAUACGGCCUCCAGGUCUACGGCAUCGACUCCUCCAGCACCAACACCCACGGAGCCCAGGAGAGGAACAGGAAGCUGAAGAAGUUCUCCAGGGCGUACCAGAAACACAGCAAGGCACAGGUAGCGACACAGGAGGAGCUAGUCAAGAUAAAGCCUGGAAUGAACUGCGACGGUGAUGUUUCAUCCGGUUGUGGGGCAGGAGUCGUGUCACCGGAGGAGGAGAAGGUGUUAAUCGGCUUAUCCGAUGCCAACCCCGCAGCUGAAAUGCACUCAGAGCCGAACCCAGAAACAGAGGAGCUCUUCCUUCAUGCCCUCUCAGUGGAUGUGAUGCAGCCUGAACCCCCCAGAGUUCCCCCCAUCCAGCUGAGCGAAGAGGAGAGGGAGAGGAGGAAGAGGGAGAACCUGGAGAGGAAGGCUCAGAACAGAACCGACGGUGCCAACACUGUGUUUUCACCCCUCACGUCUUACGUCACCCCAGAAACGGAGCUGCGAGAGCUCAUCGGUGAGCUGAAGGAGGCGGUCAUGGUCGGCCUGCACACUUGUGGUGACUUGGCUCCCAGCACCCUGAGGAUGUUUGUGGCUAAAGCGGAGCUGGCCGCAGUCUGCAGCGUGGGCUGCUGCUAUCACCUGCUGUCUGAGGAGUUUGACCCAGCCGGGCAGGAGUGUUCUCGCGGCGUGUGUGGUUUCCCUCUGAGUCAGUACCUCCGCGACCGGUCCUGGUUCUGCGGCAGAAACGCCAGGAUGUCUGCGUGCUUGGCACUUGAGAGAGUUUCACUCGGCCAAGGGAUUCAGAUGGAGUCUCUGUUUUACCGGGCGGUCCUUCACGUUAUUCUGAGGGAUCACUACAGCUCCUUUAAAAGUGAAAAGCGAGUUGGGAACGUCUACUCCAAGGCUAAAUCCUUCGUGGACUACGUGCGUCGAGCUCUGCGCAGACUGGAACUGGACGAGUCAAAGCUUUCUGACAGCGACAUCCAGGAUUACCAUGACACAUACAGGCCCCGAACGAGCGAGAUGCUCGCCUUUAACAUGCUGAAAGUGGCCCUGGCUCCUUGUAUUGAAGGGCUGAUUCUCCUUGAUCGCCUCUGCUACCUGAAAGAACAGGAGGAUUUAUCAUUCUCUGCACUGGUGCAACUCUUUGAUCCCCUGCUGUCACCAAGAUGUUACGCUGUUGUUGGACUGAAGAGCUAUGAGGACAGAAAUUCAAGCUGAUGAACAUUAUAAUCACAUGCACAUGAUUAUAAUAUCCUGGUCAUGAUUUUACAUGAUUAAAUCAGCAAUCAUACUUCAGGAGUUGCUGUAUUAUGUAUGUUUUGUCUCCUGCUUGUUUUAAUUACAUGUAUGAUUUAAUCUCAAUUUUGUAAUUUAUUAUUGCAGUCUCU